CGUAGAUUUCUUGAUUCAUAAUAAAACGAACAUAUGCCAAUAAUAAUGCUGCAUUAUCAGGUAAAGUUGACUGGUCCAGUUGUAUAGAGAAAUGGGUGUAUUGUUGCUUAAGGGAAUUCUUUUAAUGAUAUCAGAUGCAGGUUUGUGUAAAACAGUUUUUAAAACCUCUUCAACGGCUGGAAAAAUUAACUUCUCUCCGAUAGUAUGCGGUUUUCCGGAUUUUGCUAUAAGUAACGAGAUAUUGUAAGACGCCCGCAAACCAUCAUCAUUUCUUUGUGACGUCGAAGCGAACAUUCUGUCCAGUGUAG